AUGGUUAGGCUAGCUGCUCUGUGUAGUUACUGUCAGUUCAAGCUCAUUUUUCCCUAUUUUUGUGUUUAACUGAUCCCACGACUUCACUUACAGCCGCACACCAUCAGAUCCAUGGUGGCAGGUUCGGCACUAAUGGAACCAUCCACUAAGCCUGGGAGCAACCAAGUCGCUGAUGUGGUGUUUGUCAUUGAAGGGACGGCAAACCUUGGACCCUACUUUGAAUCUCUAAGGAAAAAUUACAUACUUCCAGCUAUUGAAUAUUUCAAUGGAGGGCCCCCGGCAGAAACAGAUUUUGGUGGAGAUUAUGGAGGAACCCAGUAUGGUCUUGUGGUGUUCAACACAGUGGACUGUGCUCCUGAGUCAUACGUCCAGUGCCACGCACCAACCAGCUCUGCCUUUGAGUUCGUCUCGUGGAUCGACAGCAUCCAGUUCAUGGGAGGUGGAGCAGAAAGUUGUAGUCUAAUUGCAGAGGGGCUGUCUGUGGCCUUGCAGCUCUUUGAUGACUUUAAGAAGAUGAGGGAGCAAAUAGGUCAAACCCACAAGGUGUGUGUGCUGCUGUGUAACUCUCCCCCUUAUCUGCUUCCUGCUGUGGAGAGUGUCAGCUACACCGGCUGCACAGCUGACAACUUGGUCAAAAUCAUCAGAGAUAAAGGAAUUCACUUCUCGGUGGUGGCUCCUCGGAAACUGCCUGCUCUGAGGGCUUUGUUUGAGCGGGCGUCUCCUGUAGGAGGGGUGGUUGAACCCCAUCCAGACUACAGUCAGGACCCCUUCCACAUGGUCCUAGUCCGUGGCAUCUCACUUCCUGUUUCCUCAGGUGGAGGACCUGGGCCGCUCAAACCUGUCCUCCCUCCUCAGUCAUUGCCUGUCACUCAGCCUCUCCCUGGAGCUUCACAGCCCCCUCCACCCAUUAACACAACCCACCCUUAUCAGAAUCCGGCCUCCAUGACUGCUGCUCAGGUGGCUGCACAGAUGGCCGUGGAGGCAGCCAACGUCCAGAAGAGUCGCUUCCCAGGAAUGGUCAAUCAAGGUCCCCCGUUCACCAGUCAACCACAAAUCCCCUCAGUCCCCGGGGUGAAGCUCAGUCAACCCAGCAUAUCAACGGUCACUACAGCAACACAGCCUAUGAUGUCACAGCAACAAGUCCCUCCAAAUCAGCAACAGCCAGUCCCGCCCCCAGGACAGCCUACACCCAAUCAGCAGCCGCAGCAGCAACCUCAGCAGCAGCCCACAGCAAAUCAGCCCACAGCCCCAUCAGCACAGCCCAACAUGCCUGGUGUGUCUGGACCUCAAAGCAAUGCAAAUCCAAUUGGACAGCAGCAAGGCGUGGCCAAUAAGAUUGUUGCAUGGACCGGCGUUCUUGAGUGGCAAGAGAAGCCUAAAGCCUCAUCUAUGGAUUCAACCACCAAACUGACACGUUCUCUGCCGUGUCAAGUGCAUGUCAACCAAGGAGAAAACCUAAACACAGACCAGUGGCCACAGAAGCUCAUCAUGCAGCUGAUUCCACAGCAGUUACUGACAACCUUAGGUCACCUCUUCAGAAACUCCCGAAUGGUUCAGUUUCUCUUCACUGACAAAGACGUGGAAUCUCUGAAAGGCCUGUAUCGCAUCAUGGCCAAUGGUUUUGCCGGCUGCGUCCACUUCCCCCACACCACUUCACCCUGUGAAGUGCGGGUGCUGAUGCUGCUCUACUCAUCCAAGAAGAGAAUAUUCAUGGGCCUCAUUCCCAACGACCAGAGCGGCUUCGUCAAUGGCAUCCGGCAAGUCAUCACCAACCACAAGCAGGUCCAGCAGCACAGAGCGCAGCUGGGCGGUGCAGGGGGUCCAAUGCAACCUGGUCAGGUCCCCCCCAACCAGAACUUCCUUAACAGGCCCCCUGGUCCCAUUCCUGUCUCCCACGGAAACGUCCAGCAGCAGUCUGUGGUGGUGGGCAUGCCCCCUGUUAGUCAGGUUUCUAUGAUGGAGGAGCAGCAGAGGCAGAGCAACAUGAUGACAAUGAGAGCAGCCGGACCGUCCAACCAACAGCCGCCGGUCAGCGGCGCUCCCCCCAACCAGGUCGCACAGAGUGGACAAGCCCAGCCUCAGGGUCCCAUACUGCGACUCUCAAACCCAGUAGCCAAUCCACAGCUUCGCAGUCUCCUACUCAGCCAGCAGCAGCCACAGGGAGGGGUGUCUCACAUGACAGGCAUGAUGUCUCACCAGGGUUUAGGGCAGCAGUUGGUCCAUUCAGCACCAGGAGGGGGGGCUCAAAUGCAGGGCCAGUGGAGGCAGCCCUUGGGAGGUCAGAUGCUGAUGUCUGGAGGUCAGAGAGGAGCUGUGCCUCAGCCCGGGAUGCCCCAGGUCUCCAGUGUCAUGGAGGAUGAAAUCCUCAUGGACCUUAUCUAACUGAGCAUUGUGGACUCAAGAACAGGGUUUUUAGUUGAAUCUCUGCAGCUAUUUUCCCAGUUUGGACACAUACAUCCCCUCUGUUGCUUUACUGCUACAAAUGUUCAACAUAAUUAAGGAGCGAAUCAUGAGUAGUUUCUUCUGGAUUUUUUUUUUUUUUUUUACCGGACUGAGCAGCUGAAGUUAAUUAGGGGCAGACAAUGCGAGCAUUAGUUUUUCAUGUAAAUGGUCAAACCGGCAGCACGCUAAUCCUUCAUGCUACACCCUGGAUGCAGCCAAACCAGUGGAAACAGUCAGUUAUGUUGUGCUUCUGGAAACUCUACUCAUCUAUAAUUUUUACAUUUUAUCAUUUAAAACUGAAAUGGUUUUUUUACCUUUUAAAUUCAGAUUUUUCUUUUUUCUGUUAGAUUUUUUUUUUAUUAUUGAUAAAGUUGUUUAGGGAGGAUUCAAUAAAAUGAAGCGUAGACAACUGAAGAAGUUGUUUCUCAUUGUGAGGAGGUUUUUCUGUUCAUACAUGGUGAUGUUGUGCAUUUG